GAUAAUGGGUUGGAAAGAUGUUGCCAACAGUCUAAAAGAAAAAACUUUGAAUCAUAAAGAGCAAACAAGAGAGCCCUUUACUAUUUCAUUCACAAAGAAUUCUUCAGACGUGAAUACAGUAAUCCAAAAUCUCCUUAAAUGGCGUUCGGACUUAAAUCGAUUAGAUGAUUCUGAAAAUCAGAUAAAAAUUGACAAAAUAAAUCAUUUUUUAGAACUAAGGAAAUAUUAUAUCGAUUUAUUUUUGAUCGCAACUUCUGAACCGCCAAAUGAAUAUGCAAAAUUCGGAAUUAGAUACAAAAAAGAACGUCACAUUCCUCUCGGAAAAAACGUGAACCAAAAAUCAUUAAGAGAGUGGAUUGGUUACCAAGUUUGUACUUCACUUAGUAUUAGCCAAAAAACUGAAAAUAGAUAUUUUAAUUCGCUUGGUUUAAUUAGUGGCUUAUUAAACGAAUUCACCGUAGAAUCUCUGGUUCAAGCGAAUGCAACACUUGAAUUUUUUAUUAAACUGAAAUCAUCCAACCGAAUUCCAUUUUACCAAACCUGUAAAGGAGUAAAGAACAUUAAAUUCGGAUCUAUCUUUCAAAUGAAUUUAAAUGAAGUUGAGAAUGAAAGUGAUGAAGAAAGUGAUGAAGUUGAGAUAGGAAAUGAUGAAAGUGAUGAUGAUGGGA